AUGGUGUGGGGUAUUUUAGAAAAUACAGUCAACAAGGCGCUGCAUUACAGUACUCCGCUGGGCUACAUGUGGAUGUUCCUGCUUUUUACCUUCCGAAUGUUCAUUACUGCAGUCGUCGGAUCAGCUGUCUAUGGCGAUGAAAGCGGCGCGUUCCGUUGCGAUACAAAUCAGCCGGGUUGUCAAAACGUUUGUUACAACCGAUUUUCGCCAAUUUCGCACAUGCGCUUUUGGGCCUUUCAAAUGAUGUUCGUCUGUCUUCCAAGUUUGGCCUUCAUGACUUUCGCCCAGUUCGAAAUCGCUAAGAUCGAGCUUGUCAAGAAAGAGCGGGCUGAUGAGGAAAAGAAGAAUAGAACGGCUGAUUAUUUCUCAAGCGACCAGUACAAAGCCUACCAGUCCCGAAUCAACUCGAAAGAAAAGAAGCUCGGAAUGGACAAAAUGAAGCAGAAACUCACCAUCACUUCGAACUCCGACGUCGUCGAAGUCAAAUGGACCCCUCGCAUCCGCACCUUUUACAUUGUCCAUCUUCUUUUCAAGCUCUUCCUCGAAAUCCUCUUCCUCUACUUUUCCUACGUUCUCCAGCAGCAACAGUCGAAAAAGGUCGGAAUCGCUGCGAUGUGGGUUCCUGAAAAGUACGAGUGCACUCAUGGAGAAACUGAGGACAACUCCGCUUGCUCCCAGAAUCCGCUCAUUCCCUGCUGGGUUUCGAGGCCUUGGGAGAAGACUAUUUUUAUGCUCUACAUGACUACUGUCACAUGCUUGUCGAUCCUCAUCUGCGUCUUGGAAUUCAUCUAUGUUCUCACUAGAACCACGAAGAAAUCCGUCGAUCGAAGAGCCGAGCGAAAAUUGUCGAAGAAAAAUAUGAUUCGACCGACCCGCGGAAGCGUUGAUACCUCACUAAUGGACACAGAAUCUCAAAUGAGCCAGCCGUUGGUCAAUGGGACUAAGCCGACUGCUCCUACCGAAUAA